CAGAAGGUAGAAGAAGAAGAAGAAGCAGAGAGCUCUGUUUGCAGCCAAUUAUUUUCCGAAUUGAAUUGCGAAAAAAACCCUACAGAGUAUACCAACCAGAAGCAGGAGCACACAAAUCGCAGCGGCGCACCUCCGGAAUGGCCACGGAGCAGCAUCACCAGCAGCGCGUCCUCAAGCAAGAUGGCUACUUGGAUUUGGGCGACUGUAAUAGUGCUCCAUCUCGACCAUUCGAGAUGCGCAACGUCGUCUACCAUCCGCAAUUAAAUGUCCUUUUGCUCUUUGACAACGGAAGCACGGUCAAGGUCCUGGACGCCAAUUCCGGAGUGAUCCUGCAGACCUAUCAGCUCAGUAGCAAUGGCGACAGCAUUGUCAAUGGUCGAUAUAUGCCUCUGCAAGACAAGAUCUUGUUCUGGGAUGGUCACAAUCUCGGAUUGCGCGGCGAUUAUAAUGGCGUGCUGUUGCUGGACACCAUUCUCCAGCCACCAAUUGGCCAAAACGACGACUACAUCAAGCUGGAGAUCAUUCUGUCCGAAGCGAUCAUCUUUCAAAACUGCAUAACCGAACUGGAAAGUGAAGGCUUGGAGUGCCCCUGUGACAUAAGCAACGAGCUAACUCAAAAGAUCAACCAGGCGCAGAUGAAUGCCAAGAAGGGCAUUAAGGCCCAGCGGUGGAAUACCAUAUGUCUGGAGGUACCCUAUUCUAGCCUAAAGCUAGUAUCCAAUAAUAUGGUUAUCCUACUGAAGCGUCUGGAGCGCCACAUUCCCGUGCUGGCCAUCGCCUCCGCCAUUAAUGAGCGUCUGACCGACAUGAUGAUGGGCUCCCGCGUGCCGGAUUUUGGCUGGAACUUUAGCAACUUCCAGCGCGUACUCAUGCAUUCGGAGGCAGUGCGACGCCAGACGUUCGAGAAGUGGCCCCAUAUGGACUACAAAUGGGCUCUGCCCGAUCAGAUGGCUCAAGCCGGAUUUUACCAUCAGCCAUCUUCAUCUGGCGAGGAUCGCGCCAUGUGCUUCACCUGCAAUGUGUGUCUUGUGUGCUGGGAGAAGACGGAUGAGCCGUGGAGCGAGCAUGAGAGGCACUCACCACUGUGUCCAUUUGUCAAGGGCGAAUACACACAGAACGUCCCGCUGUCCAUAACUUACGCCACAAAUCCCGCAUUGCCAGCACCAGGACUAGGGUUCGAUAUAAUUUCAAACAGUGAUUACGCGAACGUGCUCUGCACCAGUUGCUCGCAAACGGGAGAGUUGAGCGUGUGGAGCAUUGAACGCCAUCUGAAGCUGAUGCACAGCUUUCAUGUUCCGACACUGCUCAACUACGUUUUCGAGGAGAGCUUUGAGUGGGCUCGCGUUACUGCCAUAUGUGUGCUACCGAAUGCACGAGCUCGCACCAAGGUGAAUUAUGUGUACUCGGCGGCUAAUUAUGGCGGCACAGGAAGCAGCAAUGGAGCGGGAUGCAACUCGGGAUUGAAUGCUGUAUCUGGUGGAAAGUUUGGCAGUGUGAAUGCCCAGCAUAUCACCUCCACGUCCACGCUUCGGGCCGGCGUUGUUGGAUCCAAGAUUGUUCUGGGAGUCAGCGUGCGCCAGAGCAGCGGAGAGUUGGCCCUGCGCAUGGUAGUGCUUAACAUUGUGGAAGUGGACCGCAACAGUGAGACCUCAACGAGCGGCAGCAAUGACAGCGGCAGCGUCUCAAGCGGUGGAGGCCAGCUGAUGAAGUCUUCUUCUCCUAUGGUCAACGUGUCUGCUGAAAACAAUGCCACAGUGACCCAAGUGAAUCUUGAGUCCAAAGAUGAUGAUAACAAGGCUAUGACCCCAUACGAGAAGUUCGCCGACGGCUUCGAUAGCAACGGAUUUGUGUCCGCUCUUAUGACCUACAACAAGAAUAAUGGAGUUAGCCAAAACACCGACGAUGCCUCAGCCCUGUAUGAUUUCGAUUUGUGCACAUUGUCCCAGAUUCUGGAUCACAAUCUGGAAGAGCCACUCAGUUUGAUGGUGGGAUCAUCGAAUACGGUGAAUGUCAGCAAUAUUGGCAUGGGCAACGAGAUUAAUAAGCUGGUCGUGGAUGUGGAGAUUACUCACCAAAACAAUAAUAACAAUAACAACAACAACGAGUCGAAUUCCCUGGGCGGAAAUUCCUCUAAUAAUAACAAUAACAUGAUCAACGGCGGCACUAACAACACUAUCGACAAAAUGACAGCCAUCGAAGAGAUAGAUUGUGUAGUUGAGAGCUGGACAAGUGUGAAGCGCAUGAACGCUUUAGAUGGUGCCAGCAGUGGGGUAAACGGUGCGAACCACAUGGCCCAGGAGGUAAUCGAAAUCGCCGAAAUUCUUCCGACUACUCCCAAGUGCAACCAACUGCUGGUCAAAUUGCUGCGUACCAAGGCGCCGGAGGCAGAGGGAAGCAAAAUCAUCAUGGCCACCGUGGCCAAGGAGGAGGAGGAAGAGGAUGAGGAGCAGCGGACAGACGAGUCAAUGGAGACAGAUAACAACGCCGAAGGGAAUGUAGCUGCUCAGCUCUUAGUGUUCGACUACGAUGACACUGAAAUAUCCAACGACUACACCCUGGCCAUGACUUUCAGUAGGGCCAAGUUCCCCAAGCAACUCUGCAUUCUCCCGCACUUCAACUCCUCUCCAGAGCAUAAGGAUGCCGGGUCCAUAUGUGUGGUGUGUGCAGAUGGCACCGUGGAAAUAUAUUCUCUCGCUGACUUCCAAGGCACUAUGGUGAUAGAGGAGGAAGGCGAGCACUUCGAGUCUGUGGUUUAUUGCCGGAACUUGGAUAGGCUAUGCUGUUGCUCUCGACAGGGCGGCCUGCUUUUCUACUCGCUAAGCGAGGGGGAGAACGAUUCUGGAGACGAACUUCUGGAAAUGGACGAUGACUGCAGUACCACAUUAACACAGGCAGCGGACGUAAGUGUUACGGAUGGCGGACGCCAAUUGGGCGGAACGGAUCUACUGAGCAAGACCCUGCUCGCCAACGAAUCUAUUUGCAUGGAUGUUGGCAGUGAGGCAGCUGCAAUCCCGAACUCCUCCAGCGCGGCUCAGGGUGCGCACGUCCAAACUUCGCCAUCGGCAGCUUCCGCGCCAUCCACCAAUGCGAACCUGCUCGCUUACAAGACGGCUGACCUGAUACUCGAAGACCUAAAAGUCUUUUACGCCCUCACCCAAUUCGAUGAUAAACUAACCGUCUACUCAGCUGAAGUGCCCAGUUGUUGGAACGAUCUCGGGCAGGUGCAGAACCAACGUAAACAGUCCCAAAACAUGCGACAUGGUGGCGAUGAACGAGAUUUCACUCGCACCUGGCGUCUUCACAACGAUGCAACCACCUGGGACGAGCACAUUAUAGAGAUUAACUUGGCCCAACCCGUAUCUCUGGGGCACAUUGAUCUAAAGUUUACGGUUUACCAGCAAUGCUCAAACCCUGCAGCAAUUCAGGUUACGCUAUUGAAACAAAAUAACAAUGGAUUUGGGUACAGAAUGAAGGGACCUCACUCCAGUUAUAAGCCGAAUGUCAUCGAUGACAACAUUGAUCUCUCAUAUAUUGCCAACGAAAAUCCUGUGCUGAGUGAGGAAUAUUUACUAGCCCACAAUGCGGAAGUUCUGGCCGGCCCCAUUGAACUCUCCUCAUGCAUUGAUCUGUGUGAUCAGGGAGGCACCGCCACGCUCACAUCCCCAAAACUAUUUAAGACCCGUACUAGAAACUUCUUGCUCCACAUCAAAACUGUGUCGGAUCCGUCGAAAGAUGGGCAGAACAAGACUAGAGGUUGCGACUGGUUACACGAAAUAUCCAUUAGUGUGCGUGCUGUGAAGUCUCACAGUCGAAUCAGCAAUGGACGGAUGCAGCGCAUAGCCAUGUUGGAGAGCAACGUGUUGCUGGUGCAACUGCUGCGCAUAGCUAGUGAUCCGGCCUCCAGCCCGUUGGCCAAGAACCUAUCACUUGAUAUACUCAAUUGGAUUUGCUUCAUCAGGCUGAACCGUUUUCGUUCACCCAAAUCGGAGCGCCUCAAGGACCAGAUUAAUAAACAGACAGCAGCUAACAUCCAAGAUUUGCUUGCUCAGCAGUUCGAGUGCAUUUCCCUGGCUGAGAAGCAUAUCGAGCAAUUGCUGCGGAACUGCGUUAUCUACAGCGAACGUAGUACGGCCCACAAAUGUGUGAAACUUCUAAUCAUGUUGACAGAGGGUGCAACCAAUCUGCCGGCAGAGGUGCAGGAUCACACGACGCUGGAUUACAGCUUCAAAGCGGCUAUUGCCAACACCUUUCCAGAGCUACCGCGCGCUCAAUGUGGUAGCGUUGUUCGCUGGUAUAUGAUGCUCACCUGCGCCACAUCCACCGCCGAGUCCCACAAUAGCAUCUCUGAGCAGGCGAUCAGUCUGUUAAAAGGGAUUGCAGCCGAAAUCGACAAGCGUUGGGACCCCCACUGUGCUCUGUUAUGCACGCGAUUUGGGCUCUACGGGUAUCCAUUUGAGCCCGAAAUCUUUGAUUUUGACUUCCCCAACGUCAGCAGACAAGGUCCCGGUUCGUCGGUUUCCAAUGUGAUACGCAGCAGUCCAACAAUUCUGCCAGUGACUGGUCUGGACAUCAAGCGAUUAAGCUCCAUAGAUGGCGUAGACUUCCGCACAUUUCCAUAUCUGAUCCGAGGAAAGAGCAUCAGUAACCAACUGCGUGGUUUGUUAGAGGUGGUUCAGCUCCACUUUACCUGCGUUCAGACUUCUGAAGCUACUCGUAUCGACAAUAUCGAUAGUGUGGGAGGGAACUCUGGUGCCAACGUGAUAAUCGAGGAUGUUAUGAUGAUUCCAAAGCAAGUGGUUUCUCCUUUCAAGGAGAAAGGAGAGGAAAUGCUCAAUGAUUUGGUCAAUGAUGUGGAGUGUCUGGUAGAGGAAAUGAAGGAAAAGCAGGAAAAGGUCGAUUACGAUGCUUUUGGUUUGGUCAAUGGCUUCAAAGAUAAAACAUCAGGGUCUUCGUUAAACUCCGUUAAAAAGACCUUAAAGGAGGAGGUUAAAAAAGAAAAAACAGACAUAAUGGACAAAUUAGCUAUUGCAAAGUUUUUACCGAAGUUGUCGCUACUUGAGAGCUACAUGCAAAAGAAGAUAAAUGAGCACAUUUCGUUCGAUGACUUUGGCAAACUGGACAACUGGGACGGUAGCACAACGCCGCCAUUUAAUUUGGAGGUGGAAGCUCCCAUCGUAUGCUCUGAGGCUACUUCCGAAUCAAAUAUGUCACAACAGACCCCGUCAGCAGGUGGUAACAUACUUGACGAUGGCGCGGAUAGCGAAAAGAUCACUGAGAGCCUAAAUGCCAAUCCUUGCCAGCCGAUUGCCUGGCACAAAUUAAUCACGCCGCCGCCCAAGCAGAUGAUCGUCAUUGAUCGCAUGCAUUCGGGUGCAAGGCGAUUUGUGGUUUUAGACUUUGGACAGCAUAUUCUUCUAACAGAUUUGGUGAUUCCCUCCUGCGAUGAGUUGACUUCCCUUAAUAUCGACAUCUGGAGUUUUGACGAGGAGACCGAUUGCACGCGGUUGGUGCAGGUGAAUGACAUUCAAACCAAAACGCUUGUGCUCAGCGACAUUCAGCCGGCCCCAAUUUGCCGUUACCUAAAGUUGACCAUAAUUGGUCGUAUCGGCAUGUCGACCACCAAGUGCAAAAUACCAUUGGGACGUUUCUUCGGCCACCCAGUAUUGCUGGAGCACGACGGAUAUGGUGACCAGCUUAUGAAGUACAUCAAGCAUCCCACACAUAGCCUUCAAUCGCAAAUAAAGUCGCUAAAUGCACUGUACGAGGAUGUCCACUGCCGUUAUAGCUUGGCUAGCUCCAAGUUGAUGGAUCUGCUGGCUCCCAUGAGAAAUAGUGAACUGUCCAAUGUGGCUCAUCUGCAGGCCUUUAUCAACAAGCAACGUGAAGAGGAGCUAAGUGGGCUGGAAAACAACAAUAAGGUCGUUUCACUGUACGAUGAGUGCAUGCUUCUGCAAUAUCAGAUCAAUGUUAUACGUAACGUGGUGCUCCGUUUGGAACGAGCUCUUUCCCCUAAUUCUCUGACGACAACGGUUCUUCCGGGGCAAUCUAUUCCUGUAACCGAGGAUAUCCUGCGCGCUGCCUCGAGGGACAAGUUGCGUGUGCUUAGUCUGAGUCUGGUGGAGGUGCUCUUGCACUUCUCCAUCGAGUAUGGAAUCAAGAACAUCCUGCCCGUUCAUCAGAGAUUCAAUGCCGCCACGGCGAAGGCGCUUUUCAACGCACUGGUUGUGUACGGUGAUGCCCAGCUACAGUUGGCAACAUGCUCCUUGCUUGUGCGUAUGUGCUGCUUCCAACCGUGGUGGGGAGACUUUCUCGCUGACACCUUCUGCAUCCUAUUCUCUGCCCAGAACUGCAAGGCCUUCCCCCAGGACCGCAUAUUCUUUUUGCUCACCUACCUGGGACGUCGAAGCAUUGCUAUGGGCGCCUGUCGAUCCAUAGUAAUAGAUGCCGUGCUUAAGACGCUCGUCAAGCUGUUGGCCCCCAUCUCACCGCACUACAAAUUCCAGUCGGAGCAGCCCAGCACGUCGGCAAACGCUGCUGACCGCAAUGCAGCAAUGGGCACCACAUCUGAUCUGCAGCUGAUUACCUGGCUACUUCUGUUUCUCUCAGUGUGCCUGGAUGACAACGAGCGCAAGGAUAAAUCAGCAGCUCGCUGGGACUUCAUGAGUUGCGAGGGCGAUUUUACUAAGGCCAGGCCUAGUACCACUCCCAACAUCAAACAGCUACGAUGCUUUAAAAAACGCAUAAUUCAGCAAAACAAGUACUUGGCGCAGCCUUACGCUGAUUGGGGAAAGAAGAUUUAUAUGAUACAGAAUGAGCAUCCAGGCAUUUUCAUGGAGCUGUCAACGAAAUCAAAGGGCACUGGACCAACCAAGUCGACCUCAACAAGUGGCAAGAUCAAUAUGGGAUCCUCCGGCCUGUGCGUGGGUGGUCCUACAAGUUCGAGUAGCAAUACAUCAAAAAGUGCGGCUUCCUCAUCCUCCCCUAAGCAUCAGGCUGUGCCGGGUACCGAUGGCGAACGCGACAGCAACUUUGACAAGGGAUUAAAAUCACUUCGAAUGGACAACAUUAAGGUGGUUAUUCGCGGUCUCUUUGCCCUGUUACUUGAAAUGGACUUCGAUUGCAAUAUGGACCAGUUUUUGCUCACUUGCAAAGUCAUAGCCCGUUUGGUGGCUGCAUGCAGACCGUCCGUACAGCUGUGUAAGAUUGUGACCACCGCGCAGCUGGAGCAACUUGUACGUCUAUCCGUGUGGAAUGAUCAGCAGCAGCCCUGGGCUGUUCAUGCCAUUACGUGUUUACUGCAAGAUCUUUUGGAUGCGGACAAGCAGUUCCGGGACAAUGAUGUCACACCCACUAAUGACACGCCGCGUACAAUGGAAGCUGCUAUCCAGGAAACACGGGAUCUUUUCAGCGACUAUACUUCCACUGCUUCCUCGUGUACUGAGGCACUAUUUGAGACGCUGAUGCCGACAGCAAGAGAAUUUUAUCAAGAGGCCGUCAAAUAUAAUUAUCUUCCUUCAUUAAUUGAAUGCGAUGACACGGAAUUCGAUGAAAUGCUAAAUGACAUUGACAUGAUUGAAAGAACGAAGCCAGUUACCAAGAAGGAAAGUAACGCCCUGUCCAAGAACACCUUCAAUUUCUUCUGCAAGUCUAUCUCGAUUGCACUGGAUUCACGAUUGGACGUGGGUCUGGAAUUGCAUGUAGAAACGCAGCUUAGAAGGCUAACCAAUCGCACCUCCCUGGAUCUCUAUUCAUCCCUUCCUCAGGUGUUGACCAAUGAGUUUGUCUCUCCACCACCUGAGGCUGCUCCUUGGCCAGAAUAUUUGACUCAACUUUGGUCAGGCACGGAAUACAACGGUCGCAAUACUUAUGUGAUGUUUAAGAAAGUCUUUGACUCCAUCCUGGCGGACUUGCACUAUGAAGACACGUGGGUGCACUUGGAGCAGGUGCUGCAGAUGUGGCUCACGCUAAAUUGCGAGCUCUCGGACAAGCCAUACACCAGUGGCAUCACUCACUCGGAUGUCCCAAAAAUUCCAUUUGGAGCUAAUGCGGUGCAGGGAUUGCUCCUGGCUUUGGCCUGGCACAGUGAUAUAAAACUGCGGACUUGGUGUCUGGGCUUCCAGUGCCUGUUUCUCGCUUGCAACUCAUUGCCCAUCGGAGAGGAUGCGGACUGUACGCGUAUCAACGAGGCUAUCGUGAAUGAUGAAAACUUUGAGAAAGUGCUGCUGCGGUUCUUUUCCGGUUAUGGCAUGAGCUCAUCUAUCAUCACCAACCGAUGCGCUGGACCUACUAUUUGCAAGCACUUGCAUGAUUUAUUGCUCUGGCUGCACAGCAAAAGCGAGACGAGUGGCAUUCCUUGCAAACGUAGACUCAAGGAUAUUUUGUUGCAUGUUGUGCUCCAGUUGGUGCAGCCCGGUGGCUCUAUUAGCAACCAGCAGGGCCCAAUUGAUGCUCAAAACCAGCUGGUUCGUGAUCUACUUAUGAUUCCCCAUGAUAAGGGGGACCUCAACAUUGCGCUUAAAAUCACAGAAAGUGUUUCUUUCCUGGUGUACAACAACAUAUCCAAUGGCGAGAAGCUACAAUGUCAGCGUGGAAAUGAAAACAGUCCAGUUGGCAACAAUUUUAGCAAUUUGUUUGCCAACGUCCUGGGAUCAGAAAAUCCCAGCAAGCAGAAUGCCGCAAUUUGCGACAACUCACUCAUUAUAAAUCUGCUGAAACUAUCGUCACACAUGGUAUUGACGGAGAUGCCCCGGCAACCAAGUGAGGUUACCAUUCCCGAGGAGGAGGAACUUUCCAAUCAGAGUCAAACGGAUGAAACUAAAGCGGAGCAGUUAAACACGGAAGGACAUCGCAGCAAAGUGCCUUGCAUUGCAGAUUGGGUACUCCGUCAUUUCCCCACAAUGAAGCGACUUUUUGGAACGCUUUCCCAGUGCUCGACAAACACCUUCACCAUGAUGUCCUCUGGCUGUUUCUUUUCACCGAAGUCCAAUAUGAUUUUAGAUGAUCCGCAGACAAUUGCAGACGCCGUCUUUAGUUUGAUGAUUACCCUCAACGACAAGGCUUCGCAUCCCCGACUUGUUGUGGCGCCCAUUUGCCAAUACCUUGAAGAAACCACUAUUCAGAGAAAUGCAACGCUGCCGCGUCUGCCGCUGUCUGAGCCCUUCUUGUGGUACAUCUCGAAGGUAUUGGAGGUAACAGCGGCAGUGCAGACGUUCACCCAAUUGGGCGGAAUUCAGAUUAUAUGUCAUAACUUGGUGCGACUCAAUAAAACUAUCAUCAACAUGCAACCAGGAUUGAUUUCUUUGAUUAUGCAACAUUUGACGCGCAAUACGCGCUUUAAGCGUAAUAAUCAUGUGGCGGCAAGUAGUGCUUGCAAAAAGACAACGACUAGUACGGGAACAACAUGUCCCACGUCAGCACAGCCGCCGAGAAGUGCUGCUCAGUACGAUGGUCUGAUCAACUUUGCUCCCUUCUCCCAUAUUGUCUCAGAAAAUGAUGCGACACAAAGUGCAGAGGUACUAAUUUCAAAUCCAAAUAAUUCACAUCGAAGACCGCGAUCUCCAGCCUGGACCUAUAUGUUCUAUCCAAAUGAGACGCAUGUGGAUCUGACUAUAACGUUGCCCACAGCGAUUUUGUUGAAAGAGGUGCAGCUGGUGCCGCACACAACUAGUUUGGCAUCCUGUCCGUCUGCGGUGGCUCUAGAGCUGUCCAGAGAUUACGGCCUUGGAUCGAUUCCAGUGGGUGCUCCCAUGGCCACCACUGGACUGACCUGCAUUAGGCUAAAGCUGGCCAAGGCGGAGGUGGCCACCAGCAUUGUUCUGAGGCUGUACAAACCCAAGGACUGUGGAAAUGUGGGUCUCGUACAAAUCGCUGUGCUUGGUCAGACAAUCUUCGGGAAUCGCAUGCAUGGCCUUCGCUCACCGAAUCCGUUCAUUGACUCCUUAGCAACGUGCUCCUCGCCGGUGCAAACUGCAGUUUUAGCUGCAAUGGAUGCAGAUUCCAUGCUUGAAGAUGAUGCUUUUGCGAAGACUAGCAUUGGCUGGGUUCGCAUUCUGUCGCGCUGUUUCCAUGUGGCCGCUUUACAACCAGACAGUAAGCUGGCUGAUCUUAUCGCCGCCUAUCCGGCUGCAUAUCCCGGCUUUUUAGAGGCCUGCUGCUCAUUGCUGAACAUAAUGCCAAUGAUUCCAAGUCUUGCACAGCAACACUUGGAGACCAUUUUGUUAAAAUUAAGUGCUUACAACCACGAGAUCAGUUUGCAGCUUCUUAGGACGCUCCUGUGGCACACCACUCCGCAAGUUUUUAAGCUCUCCAGCGAUUCGGUGUGCGAUCUUAUUUAUGAAGUAGUUACCGGAUCGACGGAGCACCUACUGGACAAACUACGCGUGCUUAUCGACUGGGUGAUGCAACUGCACGACAAUUACAGCAAGCAGGCUCGCUGUAAUAAUCCACAAAGUGGAUUCGUUAAGGUGAUUGCUUCGAUUCUGUGGAAAGUGCAUACCCAGCAACAAUUGCCUGAGUUACCGCUUCUCAUUUCAUCUUCGCUGUUCGAGACCUGUUUUGAAUGGGUAUCAUCGCUGGAGCACGAUGAGCCACUGAAGUGCAGUUUUGACUCCUUGUUGUGUGCAUUGUGCUUCAUUAAGCCAGAACUGUUUAACCAGCUGUUGGUCAAGCUGGGAGUAAAGCUGGAACCUCCAGCUCGAGGUCAGACUGAUGACAGCAAAGUGCAAAGUGGUAGUGCUUGGUUCCGCCGUGAGGGUAGCGAAAACCUUAGUGUUUUGCUACAGCGUCCAACAUUCCUAAAGACUCUAGCCUUGGCCUGCCAGUCCCCGGCAGCAGUUUACCAGAUGCUGGACUCCGGACUGCCAAAGCUAUUGGCCCACGCCAUUAACGAGUAUUGCAUGCAUCUCAUGCCGGGAUCGGAGCCAGUAGCUUCUGCAGCUACAGUUACUGUGCCGGAAGACGAAACAUUAGCCAACAAUCAGGCAGCCGCUGCAGCAGACGACGAGGAUUCGUCUCUUACGGACUUUGACAAGGCCGAAGCAAAUGUGGCUUAUAAUACUCCAUUGCUAAGCAGCUCGAAUGUACCCAAAGUGCUAGAUUUCUUUGCCGAAUGUUGUGCCGAAGGUCCAAUGCGUGAUUGGUUGGGGACAAUGCAGGGCUCCGUAUUUUGGAAGCCUCUGCUGCAGUUGCUCUGUAACACACAUGCCGCCCAGUUUAGCAAGACGCUGCCUAAGGAACAAUCGUUCAUCCGCCUGGAGAGGGCUACAAUCAACUUCUUCACGCGAGUUAGCGCAUGCCAUCCCGGAAACCAGGAAGUUCUUACAUCGUUGCUCAUUGGAGCCAUAAUUUGCAAGCCAUUAAGAUUUUCGCAUGGAGUUCGGCCAACUAUAUCUGGAUUUACCAGACAGAUGGUGCUGCAGCUCCUCCUCGAGAAUGAACACAUCACAGUCUCUGUGAGAAGUCAGCAGCCCUUGCAAAGGAGGGAUACCCUCUCCGCCAUCCUAGGCGGGAUUUCGAGUGGUGCAAGUACUAGCUUACCCGUAGCAGCCGUCAACAAUCAUCCGGCCAGGAGGAGCAGCGCCCACCACAUGCUAUUCACGGUGACCACUAGCACCACGUGUCAAGAGGUUAUGCAGAAUUGCGUUAAUGUGUUUAGUAAUCUAGUUUAUCAACAACCAACAGAUCAGCGAGCUGGUGAGGCCUCUGCCUCGAGCAGUGGCGUAUCGAGUGCAACUGCCAAAUCAAGUGAGAGCAAAAUGGAAAAGAGCAGCUUCCUUAACUUUAACAACGUAGAAGCGGGUAGCAUGGAGUUCCUUACCGUUGGUGCAGCUGUGGCAGCCAAGGACAAGCGCAUUAAAGAUGCUAAGAACCAAGCAGCCAUGAACAAGGACAAGGAGACUCAGACCAGCUCAACGAACUUGGCUUCUAAUAUAUUCAACGUGGAGGAGUUCUUGUUGCAAACGGCAAAUGCCGCUAGUGGAAACCGAUUGGUAAUACCAGAGUAUUCUGAUAUUGUUCUAGCUGGAGAUGCCACCAUCUCGCAGGUUUUGGCCUCGCUUCAGAAUGCGGGACAUUCUCUUUCGACGCCCUGCAUAUCGUUUGAUCUGGUACUUCAGCAGCGUUCUGAUGACACAAGCGAGGCAAAGAAAACAAAAGCUGCCUGCACGGAGCCGUUGCCAUCACCACUGCAACGAUUUUCCACCAGUGGUGGUCUAUCUUUACUCGCUCACUACCUGCCCACCGUAUAUCCGGAACACUCAGGUCGCAAGACCACCUUGGUGUACAGCGAAAAGGAGAAAAGUCCUCCGCUCUCUGACUGGGUAAAGUUGGAACCGAACGACGAGAUCUAUGAGGAUUUGGAGGACACUCUCUGUGAGCCAGCAGCUAAGCUGGCAACGGUCAGUUCGGUGCCGCAGCACUCGCUGGCCGCAUUUGGAUUAUUCCUGCGCCUGCCCGCCUACUCUGAUGUCUUGCUGCGAGACAAGAUGAGGGCGCAGUGUCUUCUCCGCUUAGUGCUCGGAGUCACGGGAGAUGGGGAUGGCAAUGAUAUAUACAGUCUGUCGCUGGCACCCUCCUUGCCUACAUUACCCUUCGAGGUCUUCCGUCAGCUUCUUGAUAGUGUGCCGUUGUCCACCGACGACGGUGUUUUGCUACGUCGCGUGGUAAUCGAAGUGGGGGCCAUGCACCUAGUGCUUAACUGCCUCGGCAUUUUCUCGCAUCAGUCGCACAACAACAGGAUUGGAGCACCGAUUAGCGAUCCAUCGCCAAGUGGAACAAGUAGUGGUAGCGGUACCAUUGGCAAUGGAAGUGGAAACGGAAGUGUAAGCGGUACCAAAGCUAAUGCACCAGAAGAGGCCACACCUAGUGCCACGUCGGACGACAAAAGCCACAUGUACUGGGCCAAGGGCACUGGUUUCGGUACCGGUUCUACCACUCAGUCGUGGAAUGUGGAACAGGCGCUACUUCGGCAAAAGAGCGAGGAGGAGCAUGUCACAGUGUUGCUGCUUGUUCUGGCAAGUUACAUAAAUCCUGGUGACUGCAUCCCGAGUGAAAUGUGCGGAGAGGACAUCCUAGCAUAUCAUGAUGUCAGAGAUGUUACCGGCGAGUUGCCGCCCAUCUUCCAAACCCUACUGCAGCAGUCUUGCUUAAUUCCCGCCCUUAGCUCCUAUCUGCGCAACGAUUCAGUGCUUGAUAUCACGCGCCACAUUCCGCUAUACCGUGCCAUACUCAAACUUCUGCGUGCCCUAUCGCUGUCUAAGACGCUUGUCUCGUUGCUCCAACCAUCUGCCAGUGGCAGUGGGGACAGCACGCCACCCAUAGUGGAGUUGCUCACAAGCAUGAAGACCUGUGUGGAUACCUACGCUAAACGGUUAAAAGUUAACAAGAAGUCAAACAUAAAGGGACAGACACAUCAGUUGACCUUUAACAUCGAUGAUGGCGACGAUGAAGGAUUAGCUUUGCUUAUUCCGGAUAUCCAUGAAACCAGUGUACUGGUGCAAAAAACCACAGAUGCAGAUGCGCUAAUCAACAUGUUGCAUACCAACGAAGACGGCAGCGCACAGAUAGAGCCCGUGAGCAAAUCAAUUGAACAGCGCUACUUGGAGCUAAUGAAGAAGCGCCAGUUCGAUACGUUUGACAUGAUUGUUGAGUCGGACAACAACAGUUUCCGCUUUGUGGUCUCGCAUCACUUCGAAAAAAUGGUUCGGCUCGCCGGCGAUCGUUACCAUCCGUCACGGGUCAAGCGACUCGCCCAGGAGGCAGUUACACUGUCUACCAGCCUACCCCUCAGCUUUAGUAGUUCUGUAUUUGUACGCUGUGAUACUGAUAGAUUAGACGUAAUGAAGGUACUCAUAACUGGUCCGGCGGACACGCCUUACGCCAACGGGUGCUUUGAGUUUGAUGUCUUCUUUCCACCGGACUACCCUAACCAGCCCAUGCUCAUCAAUCUGGAGACGACGGGUCGCCAUUCGGUGCGCUUUAACCCAAACCUCUAUAAUGACGGCAAAGUUUGCCUGUCAGUUCUCAACACCUGGCAUGGUCGGCCUGAGGAGAAAUGGAAUGCACAGACAUCCAGCUUCCUGCAGGUACUCGUUUCCAUCCAGUCCCUGAUCCUCGUUCCCGAGCCCUAUUUCAAUGAACCGGGCUUUGAAAGAAGUCGUGGCAGUCCAAGUGGUACCAAUUCGUCACGAGAAUAUAAUAGCAAUAUAUAUCAGGCCUGUGUGCGGUGGGCUAUGUUGGAGCAGAUACGUAGUCCAAGUCAGUGCUUUAAAGAUGUCAUACACAAGCACUUCUGGUUGAAGCGAGAGGAGAUUUGCGCCCAGAUAGAGGGCUGGAUCGAGGAACUGGGUAAGCCGCAGUACACCGAGAGGGCCAGUCGCACUAUAUCGUUCAACUCAAUGGUCCUGCGUCGUCACUAUCGCCACCUGCGUGAGGAGUUGUCGAAACUGAAGCCGCCACGUGGCCUAGAGGACUUGGAUGCGCCCUUCAAUCCCGUGGCCACGCUACCGCCGAUGGAUGUGUCCGCCGUGGCUCCUUCACUAGCAGCCAAGAAUACCGUCCAAGCGGAACCAGAUGAUGCCAUAGUGACCGAUAUUACCCAGCUCAGCGAGAAUGCGGAUGAAUGCGAAGCUGAUGGUGAUGCCGAAGGCGAUGGAGAUGUGGACGAUGGCUUUAAGGGUUUCCCACAAGAAGAGGGUUUGCUGACGGGCGAGGAAGAGGUCGUGGAAAUUUUAAGUGAUACGGAGAACGAGAGCAGUGUGUGGCAAUAGAUAGAGAUGGAAGAGCUGUGAGUCUCUGGUUGCCCGAGGAUGCUGGAGAUGGAUGUGAAAUGAUGCCCAGAUGCUGCUUGCCUACCACAUCUGCUCUGCCCUAGACAUUUUUAUUUAUAUGCUAUGAGUUUUGUUUUACGGCUUUACUUGAUUUAAUUUUUGUAAGAGAGACUGCAACAGAACUUGGUGUGCUUUACUUAAUGGAACCGUAAUGAUUAAUGUUAAACAAACUACGCUAAGGAAUUUCGCGCAGAAGAAGGCGUGCACACAUACAAAAUGCAUACACUCCCCUCAAAAAGCAUUGUCAGAAACUUUCCAUCAAACAAACUGAAUAUCCCACUUCAUACAAGUAUGUAUGAGAUUAUUGUAUCAAACUUUUUAUAAAUGCUUAUAUGAAAGGAUCUAUCAAUUUCUACAAGAAUAACCCGUGUGUGUAUAGAAUAGAACGAUCAUGCAGGUCAAUGAAAAUAUCACCAUUAUAAAACAGUUACAACAACAAAAACCACCAAAACUAAAUUAAUGUGUAUUAAACUAUGUAUGAACGUAGUGAUUUAGUUAAAUAUUUACACAAGAAUAUGAGCAGUUAAUUUUCCAAUUGAAAUAAAAUCCGAGGUAUAUUUUGUUUCCCCCAAAAGUA